UUCCCCACGAUUCAUGCUCAGAAAGUUCUGACUCUGAGCAAGAAAAUGAUGUAAAGAUAACUGUAAAUUUGCCUCCUUUUUGUUUCUUUGUAUUUUCAUUGCUAAUCAAUUUAGUAUCUUAAUUGUUUCUAAAUAAUUCUGAAUUUCAAUUAAGAAUUACCUGUUUAAAUCUCCUUUUCUCAUCUCAUGUUCAUCUACUGAUUCAAUUAGAUUUUUGGUCAGUUUGAUUUAAAUCAGUUUAAUUCGAUUCUGUCUGAAUAUUGGUGAUUAUCAAGAAUCGAAAGUCUAUUUCUUUCCGAUUCUUUUGUCUUUACCUCUCUAUCGAUGACUAUUCUGGAUUUACCUCCGAUUACAAGUGAACUUUAUCAUCGACGUGAGGAUGGACUGGCCUCACCAAUUUCUUCGCCUCUCGAUAGUGACCAAAGUUCGUCUGAUAGCAAUGAUUCUGAUGAACCUUUUUUGCUUAAGUAUCAUUUGUUCCGGACCCUCGAAUUGGCCUAGACCAAGAAUUAUCUCAGCCAGUCGUGUUCGAUCUACUGAGGAAACUCGACCAACUCCGACUUUGCAUCCAUAUGCUGAUGUGCCAAUAGCCGGAAGGUUGAACAUUGAUCUGGAUAGAACCUUUUCUCGGUCAACUUGCUUGAUGAAACCUAAAAGAAUUGGAUAUUUCUCUUUAAGAAUCGACAAGGAAUUGAACAAGGAGAUUUACUUACCCGAUAAAUCUCAAUUACGAUACUUGAGCCUUUUAAAAAGAGGCUCAAAUCGUUUGAACUUGUUGAAGUAUUUCGACCCUAAAACCGUUUGGUCUCGAUGUCCAAGUGACCUUCAUAUUCUUCGUUGGUAUAUGGACAAUAAAAUCGAUUUUAUUUUGGACGAAACUCUUUCUAAUUUGGAGCCAAAUUUCAUCACCGAUAUCCGUUCUUUAACAACGAUUAUGAGUUCACCUUAUGAUAAGUGGAACGAUUGGGACAUUAUUGGUGUCAAGAUCGGUGACAAAAUUAUUCUUCAUGAAGUGGACACGACGAUGAGAAAAAAUUACAUUGCUCGUCAAACGGACACUCAAAAUGCUUCUUCUUAUGCAGGAUAUAAAUUUGAAUCAUUGGUCACUCGACGUUUCGAUGGAAAGAAAUGUUCAACCUACUACGGUGGACUUCGUGACUCUUUUCAUGGCGUUUUAGUGACCAAGGUAGGUCAACAUAAUAUUUUAUACAACUCGCGCUAUUGUUGCGCUAAAAACAAAAGUCAAUUAGAUGCCGCCUUAAAUGACAUGGAAUUUGUUGAGAUAAAAACUCAAUAUGGUUCUAGGGCCUGGCACUCGAGGCUUGUUGGACUUUGGGCUCGAUCCAUUCUCGCCAAUACUGACUUUACUAUUGUUGGUCAACGAGAUGAGGAUUUCAAGGUUGACCUUGCGAAAGUGAAAUGGUAUUACACAGAUAAAAUGCCUUCAGCUCGCAAUCACUGGAGCCCAAAGACAAUGGUUGAAUGUCUUUUAUCAACGAUGGAUUUUAUCAAGUCUCAGAUAAUCGAGUCUAAUAUUGUUUAUCGUUUCAACCAUUCUCAUGGAAAUCCAAUUGUUUGUCAACAAUUAGAUGAGCCAUUUACUAAAUUCAUACCUGAUUGGUACGUUGAUUGUUAGUACCGAAGGUAUCAGCAGAGUCGCAGACAAGUUCAAAUUGAUCAGCUGAUGGAAGGAGAUCUUAAGGCUUGAAGAUGAUCAUCAGAUUUUACCAUUAGUAUUUACAACACUCUGAUCGACCCUUGUUUGAUAUCUGCUAUUCAGAUCAUAUUAUUAUUUUGUAACAGAUGCAAUUUAAUUGCUCUGUCCAGUUAUCAACCAAUACCCAAUUUGAGGUCAAUAAAUUAAUACAAAUUUCAAUAUGAAACCAUCGAUAUUUUCUCAAUUUAAUCAACAACCGAUAAAUUAACUCUUUUAUCCUUCAAUUGACUGGAUUAAGAAAUGAAAAGUUAAGAAACUCAUUUAAUUAUUGUGCAAGUUAAUCAAAUUGAUAACUAACAAGCAGAUAAUCUUCAUGAUUUGAUAUUUUGAAAUUCAUAAUCAUAAAGUCUUCAUCAAAUUUUCAUCGAUCAACAAUAUUACCUUGAUGCCAAGUUUUGUUCCGAAAAAAGUUGGACAAAUACUUUCGAUCGUCGGACUACACAUGCAAGGUUAAGUGAAUACUACCUGUAAAGGUAAAAGCAAAAGUCUAAGGGCGGUAAAAAAUGUCAACAAUGCACGUGUGAUUUUUUGUAUUCAACCUUUUGCAGGAAUAAUAGAAAAUUUUCCAACUUGAAUUGACUGAAUAUUAAUUUCGCUCAAUCGAGUUUUAGUCUCAGGUUGAUUUUUACAAAGAGAAAACAAUUUGGUUUGAAGCGGGAAAUUAUUCAGGGAAAUUCAAGGUUCCCCAUGAUUCAUGCUCAGAAAGUUCUGACUCUGAGCAAGAAAAUGAUGCAAUGAUAACUGUAAAUUUGCCUUCUUUUUGUUUCUUUGUAUUUUCAUUGCUAAUCAAUUUAGUAUCUUAAUUAUGUUUUACAUCAUUGAUAAUAAUCCUCAUCAUUUAUUUCUACUAAUUGCCAAUUUUAAUCCCAAUUUAAAGGUUUAAAACUUUCCAAAACUAAAAUUAAUCCCUUUAACUGGAACCUUUUGUCUGGGAUCUUAAGUCAUUGGUGCUUUUUAAAUAGUCUAAUCCUUGUUGGUAUUCAAACCCAGCCAACAUAAAAGUAUCCCGAUUAAUUUGUAUCUGUUUAAAUCUCAUUUGAUUUAAUUGUUCAUCUACUGAUUAGUGCAUCUGAUUUAUUAAUAAUGCAACAUCACGUGAGUCAUCGUAAUAAUCUCGUUCACUGUAACUCGUGAGUUGUUGUGAUGUAAUUAACUCCCUUUCUUUAAUUAGUGAGCGUAACUUUUUUUAAUCAGUCAUCAGUUAACUGUUCAAGUUCAUACAUCAGAUUAAAGUUUCUAUUUAAGUUUUUGUUUGUCUUUUGUUUGUCUUUUUAUUUGAUUGUUUUCAGCUAUGACUAUUCUGGACUUACCUCCGAUAACUACUGAACUUUAUCAUCGAGUUUCAUUGCCUUUUGGUUGGAACGAUGGUGAAUCAUCUCAAUUGAUUGUUGAUUCAAUCGAAUCUUAUUUUUGCUUUAGUCUUGUUUGUUCCGAACCUUCGGAUGUACCAAGACAAGCAAUUGUCUCAUUCGAGAAUGUACAAGCUACAGAGGAAACUAGACCAACUCCGACAUUAAACCCAUACGCUGAUGUGCCAAUAAUCGGACGGUUGAAUAUUGACCUUGAUAAAACUUACUCGCGAUCUACUUGUUUGAUGAAACCUCAAAGAAUUGGUUAUUUUUCUCUGAGAAUCGAUAGAAAAUUGAACAAGGAGAUUUACCUACCUGAUAAAUCACAAUUACGAUACUUGAGCCUUUUAACAAGAGGCCCAAAGGAGUUGAACUUGUUGCAAAAUUUCGACCCUAAAACUGUUUGGUCUCGAUGUCCAAGCGAUCUUCAUAUUCUUCGCUGGUAUAUGGACAAUAAAAUCGAUUUUAUUUUGGACGAGACUCUUUCUAAUUUCGAGCCAGAUUUUAUCACCGAUAUUCGUUCCUUAACAACGAUUAUGAGUUCACCUUAUGAUAAGUGGAACGAUUGGGACAUUAUUGGUGUCAAGAUCGGUGACAAAAUUAUUCUUCAUGAAGUGGACACGACGAUGAGAAAAAAUUCAAUUGCUCGUCAAACGGACACUCAAAAUGCUUCGUCUUAUGCAGGAUAUAAAUUUGAAUCGUUGGUCACUCGACGUUUCGAUGGAAAGAAAUGUUCAACCUACUACGGUGGACUUCGUGACUCUUUCCAUGGCGUUUUAGUGACCAAGGUAGGUCAACAUAAUAUUUUAUACAACUCGCGCUAUUGUUGCGCUAAAAACAAAAGUCAAUUAGAUGCCGCCAUAAAUGACAUGGAAUUCGUCGAGAUAAAAACUCGAUAUGCUUCUAGGGCCUGGCACUCGAGGCUUGUUGGUCUAUGGGCUCGGUCCAUACUCUCUAAUACUAAUUUUACUGUUGUAGGUCAACGAGAUGAAGAUUUCAAGGUUAACCUCACAAAAGUACAAUGGGAAUACACAGAUAAAAUGCCGUCGCAUCGAAAGGGCUGGAGUCCAAAGACAAUGGUUGAUUGUCUUCUAUCAACGAUGGAUUUCAUCAAGACUCAGAUAAUCGAGUCUAAUAUAGUUUAUCGUUUCAACCAUUCUCAUGGAAAUCCAAUUGUUUGUCAACAAUUAGAUGAGCCAUUUACCAAAUUUAUACCUGAUUGGUACGUUAAUUUUUAGUGCCCAAGGAAUCAGGAGAGCAGGUCGAAGUACAAAAUAUAAAAGUCAAGCCGCCUAGCCGUUGUAAGAAAUUGAUUGUGGAGACAUCAGUUGAAUGAUUAUUAUAAUGUUAUUAUGAAUGUCGAUACUUUGUAUUAAUGAUGUGAAUGCUAGUGCGAAGGCCAAAGCCAAGUUAUUAAAAUCAAUAUAUUCAACGAUUUAAUUUUCCGUUCAAAGGCGUUAAAAUGUUCAACCGAUUUUGCCACUAGUUUAAUAAUUGUAUUACUCUGAUCGACCUUGGUUCGAUAUCUGCUAUUCAGAUCAUAUUCCUAUUUUGUAAUAGACACAAAUUAAUUGUUCUAUCCAAUUAUCAAUCAAUAUCCAAUUUGAGGUUAAUAAAUUAAUACAAAUUUUCAACAUGAAA